UCUCCGGACCAAUAGGUUCGGACUCUCCCGAGGCUCCUUUCUAUAAAUUACCGCACCCUCUCCUACACGAGCACGUAUCUCUCGCUCUACGGUCCGAACGAAAAGCAGCUCCAGCCCCUCCUCCGUCGUCGUCGGGAUAUUUCUCUGGUCCUUCGAGAUAAGUAGACGUUUACACUGAAGUUGUCGCACACAUGGCACUCGUUUCGGGAGGUAGAUCAACGCUGAACCCCAAUGCCCCGCUAUUCAUCCCUGCUGCUUUUCGCCAGGUAGAAGAUUUCUCUCCGGAGUGGUGGCAACUGGUCACUACCUCGACAUGGUACCGUGACUACUGGCUGAGCCAGCACCCCGAGGGGUUCUUCGACCAUGCUGAGGAUGAGUUCAACUGUGAUGAUGUAGUCGACCUGCUUCCGGAUUCUAUUGAUUUCGGUGACAGUGAUGAAUUUUCGUCAAUGGAGGCGCAGUUUGAAGAAUUCAUUCAGUUUACUGAGGCUGAAGGGAACAAGCUUUCUUCCCUCGGAAUGGAUGGGAAAGCUAUGAAUGGCACUGAUGCAAUCAAGAACAUGACUGCGUUGAAAACUCUGGAUGCUAAUGGCUUUUGGUCCAAGGGACAGCCUGCAAAAUACGCAGAGAAGCCGACCAAGAAUAUGAGCCCCAAGUACAGCCCCCGAUGCAUCCAGCAGCCGCGCUGAAGGUUUCUCUAAGCUAUGUAUUAGUCUGAAGGUUUUAGCUAGUUCGACUAUAAUCCCGAGGCUAGUCUGUUUCCUGUAAUCAUUGUAUAGAGCAAGGUUGCACUAUGCAUACCUCUCAAGUUCAUCAUGUGUAGUUUCUGUUCGUAACAUCAGAGAGACCCUCAGAAAAUGUAAAAAAAAAAAGGAUGAAACAUGCACAAUUUUAACCAGAAAAGGAAGAAAAAAUAUAAUCUUUUUCUCUUGCAAA